AGGCGCCGCCUUCUCCAGCCCAGCGGCUCUGCAGCCCGCAGCACCUUCGCCCGCUGUGCAGAGCCUCACCAUGAGCUCCCCCGCCGCCAGACCGCUCUUCGCGCCCGGCGAGGAUUGCAGCCCCGCAUGGCGCGCGGCUCCCGCGUCCUUUGACGCGUCGGACACGCACCUGCAGAUCCUGGGCAAGCCGGUGAUGGAGCGUUGGGAGACCCCCUACAUGCACGCGCUGGCGGCGGCCGCCGCCUCCAGAGGGGGCCGCGUCCUGGAAGUGGGCUUUGGGAUGGCCAUUGCAGCCUCCAAGGUCCAACAGGCUCCUAUAGAAGAACACUGGAUUAUUGAGUGCAAUGAUGGGGUCUUCCAGCGUCUGCAAGGCUGGGCCCUGCAGCAGCCACAUAAGGUUGUUCCCUUGAGAGGCCUGUGGGAGGAGGUGGCGCCUACACUGCCCGAUGGCUACUUUGAUGGGAUCCUGUAUGACACGUACCCACUGUCUGAGGAGACCUGGCACACUCACCAGUUCAACUUCAUUAAGAGCCACGCUUUCCGCUUGCUGAAGCCCGGGGGCAUCCUCACCUACUGCAACCUCACAUCCUGGGGGGAACUCAUGAAGACCAAGUACACGGACAUCACCGCCAUGUUUGAGGAGACACAGGUGCCUGCCCUGCAGGAGGCAGGCUUCCGGAGAGAAAACAUCCGCACGGAAGUGAUGGCCCUGGUGCCCCCUGCCGACUGCCGUUACUACGCCUUCCCCCAGGUGAUCGUACCCCUGGUCAGCAAGCACUGAGCAGCUUCUGUGGGCCAGAAGCCUAUGUCCUCUUCAGUGCCUUCGUGGCUGGAGCGUGGGCUCCAGCCUCCCAGCCACCGCUGUGACACUUAACCUCUGCCUGGUCCUGCCGUCUUCCCAGAGCUCAGGGGUAAAAUAAAUGCUAACAAGAGGA